UUGAAAGAAAUUUAUCCGAAUAAACGUGUUACUUUAUUUAACCAUGGCUUUAAAUCAGGGUACAUGUAGUUGAUUUUAUACACUGGAUAUGACGACAACGAAUAUGUAUUUUUGGACACUGUUUUCUUGCGGAAUAAUUGCCUUAACAACCGCCUCCGUUGUGUCUGACCACCCGUGCAACAGAGCAUGUGAGGUAAACAGGCCAAUGACGUGCGAGUAUAACUUCACCGUGGAGAACUACUUUGUUCUUUCCAGGGCGUGUUAUAACUGCCCAUUCAACUACACUGACUGUUUCCGACCUCACUGCGUCUCGACCAAUGGCAUGCCAAGACACUUGCUGACAGUUAAUCGCCAAAUGCCUGGCCCGAGCAUUGAAGUGUGCAAAGAUGAUAAGGUAAUAGUAUGGGUACAUAACAAGAUAGAUGACGGCUCGUCCACGUCUAUACACUGGCAUGGCAUGACACAAACCAAUACAAACUUCAUGGACGGAGUGCCUCGGCUUACACAAUGCAGUAUACAGCCAUUUGAAUUAUUUAGGUAUGAAUUUAUAGCGGACAACGCCGGCACCCACUGGUGGCACUCGCAUUCGGGUGUGCAGCUUGGGGAUGGUCUCCAUGGCGCGUUAAUUGUUAGAGAGCCCGCUUCCCGAGACCCAUCGAGGAGUCUCUACGACUUUGAUCGUUCUGAUCAUAUCAUGGUAAUAACCGACUGGGCAGAGAGACCUGUGAUAUUCAGGUAUAUGGAGGAGAUGCAGCACAGAUGGGUGACACCAAAGAUGCUUAAAGUAUUGGUGAAUGGGCGUGGCAGGAAAUAUGAAGUAACAGAUCACGUUAUAAAAGGUGAUGCAACAACCUCUGGAUACACACCUUAUGAAGUAUUUACAGUGUCUGCUGGAAUGAGGUACCGUUUCCGCGUGAUCGCAGCGGCAGCACGUUGCUUCUUCCGGGUAAUGGUGGAUAACCAUGAUUUUACUGUGAUUACAAGUGACGGAUGGCCGAUGACACCGUCAACUGUAGGAUCUUUUAUGAUUCAUCCCGGAGAGAGAUAUGACUUUGUGCUUAAUGCUAACCAAGCUGCGGGUGAUUACUGGAUCAAGGUUGAAGCCUAUGGCGACUGCGCAGGUAACAACGACGGUCAUGGUGCAGCCAUAUUACAUUAUGACGGCUAUACAGGCAACACGGAUUAUAUGCCUAAUACCGACGUAGAAGACUUUACACACAAAGGAACUAUUUUGAAUCCUGCAUCAGAGCAGUAUACAUUAAACAACACGAUACCACAAGGAACGUUGAGAUACGAUCCUCCUGGCGACCAGGACGAGGACUUUACAGAGGAAAAAGUUGGACUCAGAUAUUACAUUAUGUUGAGGUAUCAGGCAAGUGACAACGCUUACUACAGCCACCCGGAAUAUUAUCCAAACUCUGUCAGAUGGGGACUUAUCACACCAACUCUCAACAAUCUUACCAUGUACCGCCCUUCCGUUCCACUUGCUACACAAUGGCAGGACGCUGAAAAGAAUUUCUGUAAUACAUCGACAAUAGACACAACAACAAAAUGUAAUGAUAAUUUGUGUCUCUGCACUCAUAUGCUGGACAUACCAAAAGGGGAGGUUGUCGAGUUGUUUAUGGUUGGUGCUGCUGGGGACCCUCAUCAGAUGCAUCUCCAUGGUUACACGUUCCGCGUCGUUGGGGAAGGAUACUUGGCCGACCCAACGAACAAAACUGACUUCCUGAAGCUUGAUCUUGAUGAUAUCAAGAAAAGAGAUGCAAUGGGGGAAAUUCCACGUUCCUUAGUUAAUCCUUGGUAUAAAGACACUGUGACAGUGCAAGCAAGGGGAGGUUAUGUUAUCGUUCGUUUCAAGGCCGACAAUCCUGGUGUGUGGUUUUUCCACUGUCAUAAUGAGGGUCACUUGAUGCAAGGUAUGGCUAUGGUUAUGAAAGUUGGGGAUCCAGAGGACUUUCCAAAGGCACCAAAAUACCAUCCUAAAUGCGGCGGAUAUUCUUACUACAAAAACAAAUAUGAGGACAAAUGUGAAGAUGGGAAUGGAAAUGGCGAGACUUCCGGCUGCGCGCAAAACUUUGUUAACAUGUUGCUUCUUACUGUGUUAGUUAUAAUCCAGAAAUGUUGUGAAUUUUAAAUCAGUUGUAUCUCUGCUAACAUUUGAGAAGUAUUUUUGGGCUGACGUCGCAAAUAUCAUAAAAAAUGGUAUAGUUGGGAAAACAAUCAAAAAUCGGCAGUCAGCAUCAGUUAUAAUAAGAACAUUUUUGUGAUUGAAACGAUAUGAACAUUUGUAUUUUAUUGAAUCUAUAAAUAUUUUAAAUUAUUUUUAUCAGAAGGCGAAUUUCAAUUUAACAUAGGUUGUCUUUUAGGCUGUCCUAUUUCAAAAAUAAUUCCUGGCAUAGAGCAUGGCGAUUUUCGAAUAUUUCAAUAUUCUCUCAAACUCUCUGUCAGUAAUGUAAUUUUUUCUUUCUUUCCAAAGUUUACAGGUUAUGUCAUUGUUAAUAGUACACUUAGAAUGAUGCUGGUCAAUCCUCCAAUUAACGCUACGACGUGCUAUUGAUAUUGACUCGUUCUGACGACCCUUCCGCUAGCCAAUCAGCCUUGCUUUCAAAAUUUUGAAAGUGAAAGUAGAAGUUUAAAAAAUCUAUAUUUAGCCUGGGUUUUUCAUGUUUACAAUUCUUAUGACGACCACAUCAUGACUGCGCCCUCGUGUUUUGAGAGGUAUCAUAUGUCACGGUACGGACUUGGUCACGUAAGGGGAGAAUGUGUCAGGCAGCCGGUAAGCUCAGUCGGUAAAGCACUCGCCCUGUAAGCGAGGGGUAGGGGUCCCGGGUUCGAGCCCCAGACUGACUGUACAUUUUGCUCACCCUGUGACAUUCGACGCUAUUUUGAUGGUUCAGCCAAAUGCUUGUUGAAACGAGUCGUCUGACUGGUUCAAAUAAAAAUAGAUUUGCGAAAAUAAAAAUAGCAAUAUCGGAAAUCCAAAUAUACAGAAUUGGUUUUAAUUUAAAGAUAUUUUAGCGCUGUUGGUUUUAACUUAAAAGAUAUUUUAGCAGUAUUGAUUUUAAUCUAUAGAUACUUUAACACUACAAUGUAUUGUUUGAAAUUGACGAUAUCUUUAUUUUAAUUCAAAUGUACCUUUUAGCGUAAUUGGUUUAGACUGAAACAUAUUGUUUCAAUUUUUUUAUUUAAAGAUACGUUUUAUUGCCUAUGGUUUUAAUUUGGUUUGUUGAAAGUAAGUAAUGAAAUUUCACGAAUCAAAUCUGCUGCAUGACUUGAA